GAGGGAUUCCGAAUGAGUAAAUAAUCUUUUGGAUCAAUCCGAGAUCCUUUUUUUUCCUCCCAGAAAUAAACUUUUCCGGUUGAUUAGCACACUGAAAAAAGAAGGGAAAACAAUCAAAUUACAUUUUGUUUUAUUUCAUUUCAUAUUUUGAGAAAUAUUGGGUAGAAAGACAGGUGAAGAUGAAUAUAUUCAGAUUAGCAGGGGACAUGACCCAUUUACUUAGUGUUCUUGUUUUGCUUCUCAAGAUCCACACAAUCAAAUCUUGUGCUGGAAUUUCGCUGAAGACACAGGAACUCUAUGCUGUUGUCUUUGCUACUCGUUACUUGGACAUAUUCACUAGUUACAUCUCACCAUAUAACACAAUGAUGAAGCUAAUAUUCCUGGGAAGCUCUUUCUCAAUCGUCAUGUGGACAUUUUCCUUGUAUUUGGAAGCUGUCGCCAUACUUCCUCAGCUUGUAAUGUUGCAACGGACUAGAAAUAUUGACAACUUGACCGGACAAUAUGUGUUUCUCCUCGGUGCAUACAGAGCAUUGUACAUAUUGAACUGGAUUUAUCGAUACUUUACUGAAGAGCAUUUUGUCCACUGGAUAACUUGGAUUUCAGGGCUUGUCCAGACAUUGUUGUAUGCUGAUUUCUUCUACUAUUACUUCCAGAGCUGGAAGAACAAUGUGAAGCUCCAAUUGCCAGCUUGAGAAUCUAAUGGUGCAAGGUUGUCAGUAGCAAGCAUAGAUACCAGUGCUUGAUAUUCAAAGUUAGGGUAACCUACAUAAACUGUCCCCAA